UGUGUGUUAUGUCCCCUGCUACUUCCUCUAGGUGGUGUCCAACACCAGAGCAGCUCAUGAUCUUGGAAGAGUUAUAUAGAAGAGGGAUUAAAACUCCUAAUGCUUCUCAAAUUCAAAGAAUCACCGCCCACCUCUCUUUAUAUGGCAAUAUUGAAGGCAAGAAUGUGUUCUACUGGUUUCAAAACCACAAGGCAAGAGAUAGACAGAAGCUUAAAAGAAAUCUCAUUAAGCAGCAGCAGCUACAGUACCAGCUUUAUCAUCCUGAUCUUCAUUACCUACAACAGAAUCAAUCAAACCACCACUAUCCCAUUCUUAACUAUUUUGAUCCUCCUCCUCCUCCUCCACAUACUUCAUCACCUUUAUAUUCGCUUUCCUAUCACAAAUCCCCUGCCUUUCCUCCUCAGGAAGGACUUGAAGGUGCACCAGCACAAAUGAUGAUGAAUCACCCGUGGAAGGUGGAUAUCCCAUUUAUCAGCAGCAUAAGACCGCUUGAAACACUUGAACUCUUCCCAAUCACAGCAACAAAUUUCAAGGAAGAGUGCAAGGAUAACAACAAAAUCUCUCCCAAACUAAUAUCAACCGAUCACUUCCUCUCUCUCUAGCUAGAGCUAGGUUGCUAUAUAUAGGUACAUUUAUCAAGUUCCGAAUGCAUGUUUCUUGUUCAAUAGACUUGUCAUCUGUCCUUGGUUCUGCUAUAUAUUAAUUCAUAAGUCUACCAAGGAACUAGAGGGCAAAAGACCUCAAUUGUCUUGUGCGUAAUGUUAAUGCUCCUCC